CCCGGCCGGCCAACGAGGCCAACGAGGCCGCCCUCGCUGCCACCGCCCUCGCCACCACCGCCCUCGCCCUGCCGGCCCGGCCGGCCAACGAGGCCAACGAGGCCACCCUCGCGUUGUUUACCGGCGACGCUCCUGCGGCACCGGGUGGCACCAAGCGGAAGCGUGCCCCGGCCGGCACGAUCCCAAACAAACGAACCCCGCGGUUCACGUGGAACACGGAAAAAACCGCGGCCGUUAUGGAGUGGUUUCUUGUGGCCAAAAACGAAGGGCUUCUUGCCGUGCAAAAGAAGCCAAAUCUGACGUUGGCGUGGCAGCGGGUGCUCGAUCUGGCGCGGGCGGCGUGGGGGGAGGAAGCGGCGCACUUGACGGAGGUCAAGGUUGCUGACAAGUACCAGACCGAGAGGAAAAGGUACUUGGCUUGGGCGAAGUAUACUAGCUAUUCUGGAGUAUCUUGUGAUCCAGAGACUGGCACCGUUGAGGGCGUUGACGUUAGCGACGAGGCGUGGCAGAUCUUUGCCGAGAGGGUCAAAGGCACGGCGGUAACGUGGAUCUCUUUGGGCCUGCCGCUAGGGAAAGUGAGCACUUACCGCUCGCUUUGGGCAAUAGAUACUGCCAAAGGCGAUCAUAUCCAGGUGCCAGCCGCCGCCGUUGCAAUACCUCCGGCGCCCGGGCUUGACGUUUUUGGAGACGGAAUGCCGCCUCCUUCCAACCCGCCUCGUGCUUUUUCGCCUGCUUCUCGGUUGGCGGUAAUUGGCGGGGAAGAAGGAACGGAGGAAGAGGUGGAGGUGGAGGAGGCUAGACCGCGAAGAGAGACGGCAGAAGUAAGGCGGCGGAGGGAAACUGAUCCGGAUUUGACGGCAUUGUCAGAUGGCGAUAGUUGGGAGUUGGUGAACGUGCAGAGAGGGCGUUCACGGGCGCCUUCGAGGAGAUUCCCGCCCUCGCCGUUACCUUCGUCGCCUACUGGGCCAUCGCCCUCGCCGUCGGGAUCUAGAGCUUCAACUUACAGCGGAUCUGUUGAUUCCUCGAGCGCCGACGUUAGUAACGCUGCCGUUGCCACCGUUGCCACCGGGUUAUCGAGUAUCGCCGCCGCCAUAACCUCUGCCAAUCAGGCCAACGCACUUACCGAGGCGGCCACCGACCUGCGGCAACGGUAUCAAGGCACGCGCCCGUUAUCCGCGAUCCUUACGGCGGUGAAAAAGCUCGGCGAGGGCAAUAACGUGGCUCUUUGGAACUCCAUGGAUGCCGAGUUGAAGGAUCUUUUUAUGGAUGACUUGAGCGGUUGAGGGUGGCUGAGGUUGUAAGAGGGCAGAUCGAGGGCGGGCGAAGGCGGGCGGGCUGGCAAAAAGUCACUUGUAAUCUUGAAUUGCCUCAAAAAUUUGGAUUCCCACUAUAAUUUAGCCCGCACCUCAAAUAAUUACCUAUUCUUACGAUCUGCCGCGACUUCUAUCUGUUCCCCAGUCACUCUCUCGUACUGCCUCGCAAUCAACACUGCGGCAAUAUACCGGAUAUC